UGACGCUCCCUCUGCCGCAGCCUCUGUCUCUCUCUCUCUCUCUCUCGCUGCAGAUACAAACAAACGAUCACCGGAACACACAGAACCGGCACCGGACCGGGACCGUAGAAACCAUGACAGAAACGAGCAAAACCCACGUGAUCCUGUUGUCCUGCGGCAGCUUCAACCCCGUGACCAAAGGACACGUUCAUAUGUUUGAAAAGGCCAGAGAUUAUCUUCACAGAAGUGGACGCUUCAUCGUGAUUGGAGGGAUCAUCUCACCUGUGCACGACUCCUACGGCAAACCUGGCCUAGUGUCCAGUCGUCACCGUCUGACCAUGUGUCAGUUGGCCGUCCAGGCAUCCGAUUGGAUCAGGGUUGAUCCCUGGGAGUGUUACCAGGACACGUGGCAGACGACCUGCAGUGUGCUGGAGCAUCACCGUGACCUCAUGAAGAGAGUCACCGGCUGUAUUCUGUCCAACGUCAACACACCGUCCAGCACUCCUGUGAUUGGUCAGCCACAGAACCAGACUCCACCCAUCUACCACAACCAAAACAGCGUGAAUCACAAACCGACCGCCAUCAAAGUUUGGGGGAAACUCAGUGAGAGUUUGGGAAAAAUGUGCUGUGUUCGUCCGAACAUCGACCAUUUCACAUUCAUCGAUGAAAACGCUAACCUGGGCCCUGCCAUGAGGUACGAGGAGAUCGAGUUGCGUAUCUUACUCCUUUGUGGCAGUGACCUCCUGGACUCCUUCUGCAUCCCUGGUCUGUGGAAGGACAGUGAUAUGGAGGUCAUCGUCGGGGACUUUGGGAUCGUCGUUGUUCCUCGAGACGGAAACGAUACGGAAAAAAUCAUCAACCAAUCAUCUGUUCUCCGCAGAUACAAGGACAACAUCAUUGUGGUGAAGGACGUCACAUAUCAUCCUCUGUCCAUUGUCAGCUCCACUAAGAGCAGACUGGCCCUGCAGCACGGUGACGGCCAUGUUGUGGAUUAUCUGAGUCAAUCUGUGAUCGAUUAUAUUCUCCAGACUCAACUGUACAUCACUGCAUCAGGAUAAACACUGUGUGCGUGUGUGCGUAAGAGUGUGUGAGCGUGUGUGUGUGAAAGUGUGUGAGUGACAGGUCAUCAUUGGUUGAGGCUGAUCACAAAUAUAAAAAGGGGAGGGGCUUAGAGUGGCCUGUUAUAAUCGUGCUCCUGAUGAAAGUCUGAAAGUCUCUACCACCAGGAGGCGCAUCUCUGAUUGUUGAACUUUUUCUAUUUAACACAUAUUUAUUUCCUGUUGUUGUUGUUGUUGUUGUUGUUUUCCUCUGCAUGUUCUCUGUUUGUUUCUGGCAUGAAAAUAAUGACUAAUGAGUGAAAUAACAAUGUGUUGUAAUGUGUUUGCAGAAAACAAAAUAAAAACAUAGAUAAAUAUGAA